AUGGCAUCAACUCGCAAGGACACAAGACUCGGGUUUGGUCAGAGAGAUUUGAUUAAUUUAAGUGUUAAAGCAUAGGAUAUCAUCCUGAAAUAAGGGCCUUAAGCAGUAGUGGGGCUAGGAGCGGGAAGUUAUAAAACAACGGAUGAUUUAUAAUUCAGGGUCAAUUUAUCAAUGUCAAUGAGAGAUUAGCCAACAAACAUAACUACCAAUAUCAGCUAAGAGGAACACUCCAAACUCAUUAACAUGCUCAGUAUAUUAAAAUUGUUUGAAAAAGUUUAUUAGAUCGAUCUUAAGUUUAAGAAACAGGGGAUCAGAAAUAAUUCCUUAUUUGAGAACUCUACAGUAGGCUAGAAGAUGAGGAAGACUACCCUUAAUGAGAAAAUAUUAGAGAAUACUACUGGAGCUGUUGGGAAAAAGAGUAAUUUAAUUGAAGAAGGAAUCGGAAUGCUUUUAAAAGAAAAUCCUUUUAGGGGAAGUGGAUCAACUGAUAGAAAGACAACAGUAAAGAUGAAUCCAAAGGUACUUGAAACUUGGAUCAAUGAAACUCUUUAAGAUGCAGAGCACUUAGAUAUUCCAGGAGUAAUACUAAAGCCAGAACACAAGAAUCCUAUAUCUAGAUAUGGAAUAGAUAGAUUAGCACUCACCAAUUCUGGGAUACCAAAUGAAAUGGUCGAUAGAAUUUUCAGAGCACUAUUUGUUUAUAGUGUAGGCUUCUAUGAACUCAUAAAGAAAUGUCUUUAACAUACAGAGAGAAAGUAUUCAAUCAUUACAUCAAUUUGGAAGGUAUUCUCCAUAUUACUGGAGUACUGUUGUAAAACAGAUUACAGGAUGUUGAUCAGUGAGAUUUCCAAAGAGCAUAAAGAUGAACUAGAUAAGCUAGAAAAAGAGUUCCAAGCAAAGUUCCAAGAAUAAGCUCAUAAUGAGAGAAUUCUUAAGUAAAACAUGGAAAUUCUUUAAAAGUACAACGAGGAACUUGAAAAAGAUAGAACUAAUGAGAGACAAAUGAGACUUAAGCUAGAGGAAGAAUAUAUGCAGAAUACCAAAAAUCAUGAAGAGGAGGUACAGUUAAGAUUAAAGUUCGAAAGUAAACUUAACAACAUGCAUUCAGUUCAUAGAGAUCUUGAGACAAGAUAUAAGAGAGCAUUAAAUGAGCUAGCAACACUCUAAAACAGCAAUGAGUAGCUAUCAAAUAGGAGUAAUCAGCAGCUAGAUGAGAUAACUGUUCUCAAGACUAUAAAAGCUGAAAAUGAAAGUAGAUUGGCUUAUAGUGAAGAGAAGCUUUAAUCCUUACAGAGAGAAAUAAACAUUAAAAUCAAGCAAGUUGAAGAUUAUGAGAAGAGAUAUAUAGAUACUUAAGAUGAUCUAGAUCUUACUAAGUAUAAGCUUUAAGAAGCAUAAAAAGAUAUCACAGAGUUGAGACUCAAAGGAGAUGUUUAUGACUCCUAAGUUCAUGGAUUAAAAAAUGAAAAGUAGCAUUUAACCCUAGAAUUAAAAGAAACAAAGGAUCUAUAGAAAAUCUACGAGACUAAAUGCUCUGAGUUAAUGAAUGAAAUUAAUAAAAUUAAUGUCGAAUUCUAAGAGAGUAAAAGAGAAAUUAUAGGAUUUGGAGAAAUCUAGAAAGAGAGGGAUGAAAGAAUUGAAAAAUUAAAGAAGGAACUUAGAGAGUUGAAAAUUGUUCAUGAAGAACUUGAUCUAAAGCAUGGAACUCUAAGCAUUUAAUAUGAAAAGGUUAAAGAGCAGUAUGAAACAUGCAAAAGAGAUCUAGAUGAUGCUAUAGAAAAACUACAUGUGACAAAUAAAGUUAGACAUGAAACUGAAGUCAAACUUCACGAGGAAGUAGACAAGAAUAAAAGUUUGAACGACAUCAUUAAGGAUAAAGAUGAUAUAUUGUCUAAAAGAACUCAGGAAAUAGAAGAGUUAGACAAGAGAACUAUUGAACUUGAAAGGAUGAAUGAAGCUUUAGAAAUUAAGAAAGCUGGUGUUGAGAGAUAAUAUGAGUUAACAAAGAAAUAGUUGAAUGAAAAAGUAUAAAACCUAAAUGAUGUAUUGUCUAGUGAGAAGGAAACUAGAGAAAUGUGGAUAGAGAGAUACGAAAAGGAGCAAAGGGAUCAUACUGCAACCAAUGCUUAACUCCUAUAAUCGAAAAGUCAACUUAAAGAUUAAGUGCUGCAGUCUAAGAAUGCAGAAAUUAAGCUUUCAACAUAAAUCAAGGCAAACGAGGUGUUGAGCGAGUCAAAUAUGAGACUAUAGGACAAUCUUAAUGAGGCUCUUGCAAAAUGUGAAAAUCUUGAGAGAGAGCUAAAUACAUAAAAGGAGAUUAUGAAGUAAAUGGAUCAAUCAAAGAAAGAGUAUAUUUAAAAGCUAAAGAGAGAAUUAGAAAGUGUCGAAAGUAGAUUCAGCUAAAAGUUAGAUCAAAUCUCUAUGAUUACUGAAGAUUAUCACUCAAGAGCUUCAAAGAACUGGCUUGAAUUUAAUUUGAUUAAAGCCAAAUUGCAAGAAACCUAGGAUUUAUACGAUAAAGAAUUGUUAAGAGUAAUAUAGAAAGAAUAGAAAAUUGAAGAUAUUCAACAAGAAUUAAGAAAUUCGGAAAUGUUCACAGAGGAAUUGAAUUAAAGAUAUGUUGAGUUAGGAAACCAGAAAAUCAUAGAUGAUGACCAAAUAAACUAAUUCAAGACUAAGGUUGAUGUUCUUGAGUAAUCAAAUAAGCAUUUGAAAGUAGAUGCUGAUUAAAAAAUAAAGUAUCAAAACGAAUAUAACGAACUGCUGAAAAAUACUACUUAGCUUAAGAAAUAAUUGCAAAAGACUUAGGCCUAAUCUAAUCAGAAUAUUAAUGGAUCAAAUACAAUAAAUGGAGGUGAUAGAGCUGACAUUUAAACUCAAACUAAUUUGAUUGGUCCUUAACUUGACUAACUAUUGGCAGGAAGACCAAUCCCAUAAAUGGGUCAAACAGAUGGUGGAAGACCAGUUGGAGGACAAGGAGUGAGAGUUGGUGGGGGUGGUGAGAUUAAGAAACCUCCUCCUAGAAGAUAACCAUAUCCAUCUCAAAGUCAGACUCAACAGCCAUAAUUACAGAUUGGAGGUGUUAUCGGCUAAUAAAAUUCCGCAUAAUCACAGUCUAAUUCAUUGAAUGCUUCACAAAGAGAUUUUAACAAUCAACCACUAAAUUAAAGUGUUUAAAAUCAAAUUAAUCAAAUGUCAAAAAAGAGCAGCUUAGCAAGUAACCCUAAUAACUCAAAUAUGACAAUCUAAUCUUAGAAAAAUCUUGAUAUUGGUCAAACACCUAAAAGCAAUCAGCAGCUCAUCUAAUCACUAUAUCCCCAGACAACAACUAAUCAGAUUUAGAGAAAUAAUCAAAUUCAAUUUAAUAGCAAUGAGUAAAACAAUGUUAGUCAAUUAACUUCUCCAAGAAGCAAUAAUCCCAUGGAUUAUAUAUCGCAAAACCCCAAAAAGAUUAAUGAUUACAAUUCGAAUCUUGAGGAUACAAUGGCUAGUAAAAUAUCGCCAUCUCAUAGAUAGUAAAAAUCUAAGGCAAACGAAAACAAUACAAUUUCAAGUAUCCUUCAGUCUCCAUAAGGAACGAUUGUUCAAGGUCAAAUCAAUUCAGGAUAAAAAUUCAUGCCUUAACCUAAUAAUGCUCAAUAGACUUCACUUUAAUAAGAUUUCUAAAAUUAGAAUAGUAACGAUUAUCAAACUAUAUAAUCUAAUCUCCCUCAUAAUUAAUCUUAAGAUGAUAGUUAAUUUAUGACAAAUUCAGGAAUAAUUGCUAGUUACACCCAAUAAAUUUAAUCAUAGACUCAAUAGCAAUAUCCAAAUCAGAUGCAGAUGAGUGACAGAAAUAACUUUUAAUAGUACAAAAAUAAUAACAAUGUUAUUCCAGAAUAGUUGUACGAGGACGAAGAAGAUAAUAAGCGCACUCCAGGCAGAGGUAGUGGAAACAGUGUUUUCGAGGGUUAAUUAUACACUUAAAGCAACUAAAGCAAUAAGAAUGCUUUUGCUAAUCAAGUGAUAAGGAAGACCUCUAACAAUAGUUAAGUUGUUUAUGGAAAUAAAGGAGUUACUAAACCAAUUGUUGAGUACAAAGGUUUGAAUACUGUCAUGAGAAACUAAUCUAAUAAGAACUACAAUGAUCAAGAUAUUCAAAAAACUAUAACAGGUGAGAACUCAAAUAACAGUAGAGUCAGUAAAGUAAGUAACUAAAUGAUGCAAAAUCUCCCUAGCAAAUAAAACUCAAAAGAAUAGAUAUAUGAUGAAGAUGAGGAGAAUGAAAUUGAGGACGAGAUAUAAAAUGAGAACUAGGCCUUCACAGGAUUUGCUGAUGAAGAGGAUGAAUUUAAUCAAAAUGAUUACUAAGAGAGAGAAAUCAGUAGACAGAAUGAAGAUUCUCUAGCAUAAGACUCUAUCAUGAAUCAAAGCGGCUAUAAUACCUAAAAUCUUCAAAUGAACUAGUAAAUGGUAAACUAGAGUAGAAUGAAGAUUGAUAUAAGUUCCUAAGAACGCAGAAAUAUGGGUGGAGUAGUACCAGGUCAAACGAAUAAUAAUAAUACUUCCCUGUAGAGCCCAUUGUCACAGGUAUCUUCUGGUUACUCCAAUAAUCUGAUUCAAAAUAAAUUUGGCAUGCAACAGCAACUCAAUCCUGGUCAUCCUAGUCAGAUGAUACAAGAUAACAGAAAAGUAAAGGGGAAAACAUCGAUUAGAACUCUUAUAAAGUCAGCAGCAACUAGAGAAAAUCAGUGA